AUGUAGGGUUUAAUAAGAAGAACAAUGUUUAGCAUUUCUUAAAUUUCAAGAUCUGCACAAAAAGCUCCUCGUGAAGAAAUAUCAUUUGUAGUUUCUCCAAGAGAAGAUAGGUCAAUUAAAAUUCCCAUAAAAACAUUCGUAGAUAAUAACUUAGGAUAAGUGUUAAGAAGCAAUAAAAUUCCUCUUGAAUUUAAGUGUGGAUUUUCUUGUGAAUGCGCUACUUGUGCAAUUUAGAUUUAAUAGGAAGAUAAAUUUGAAUAGAUUUGCGAAGAAUAGCCAAAAGAACAUGAAGAAUCAAUUACAUUGGCAAGUGAAGGCAAAGAUAAAACAUACAGAUUAAGUUGCUAGUUGGUUACAACUAAAGACAUGGAUGGAAUUACUAUUUUAUUCUGA